UAAAUUCUAAACCUUACGCAGGCGCGUUAGGUCCUAGUCACUAUGCGUGUGCUUGUGGGUGGCGGGACGGGCUUCAUUGGGACAGCCCUAAGCCAGCUGCUGAAUGCCAGAGGCCACGAAGUGACGUUGGUCUCCCGACAGCCCGGGCCCGGCCGGAUCACGUGGGAUGAGCUCGCUGCAUCUGGGCUGCCGAGCUGCGAUGCCGCCGUCAACCUGGCCGGAGAGAACAUCCUCAACCCUCUCCGAAGAUGGAAUGAAACCUUCCAAAAAGAGCAGCCUCUCAGUUUAGCCCUGCAACCAGAGUUCCUCCAGGGAAGGAACACUUCAGGUCCUGGAGAAGGUCAAGGGGAAAAUAUCCAAAUGGCGCUGUCUCCAAAUGGGGAGAUCCUAAGGGCCAAAGAAGGUGAGGCCAAGGAAGCCUCCACUACAGAGAGCCAGGCAGGACCAAGGACACCCAGGGCAAAUGAGUGUGUUCCACCGGCAGCUUACUACCAGCCCAGUCUGACUGCGGAGUAUGAUGAAGACAGCCCAGGAGGGGACUUUGACUUUUUCUCCAACCUCGUAACCAAAUGGGAAGCUGAAGCCAGGCUUCCUGGAGAUUCUACACGCCAGGUGGUGGUGCGCUCGGGGGUUGUACUGGGCCGUGGGGGUGGUGCCAUCGGCCACAUGCUGCUGCCCUUUCGGCUGGGCCUGGGGGGCCCCAUCGGCUCAGGCCACCAAUUCUUCCCCUGGAUACACAUCGGGGACCUGGCAGGAAUCCUGACCCAUGCUCUUGAAGCAAACCACGUGCACGGGGUCCUGAAUGGAGUGGCUCCAUCCUCCGCCACUAAUGCUGAGUUUGCCCAGGCCUUGGGUGCUGCCCUGGGCCACCGAGCCUUCAUCCCUGUCCCCAGCACUAUAGUGCAAGCUGUCUUUGGGCGAGAGCGUGCCAUCAUGCUGCUGGAGGGCCAGAAGGUGAUCCCACGGCGAACACUGGCUACUGGCUACCAGUACUCCUUCCCAGAGCUAGGGGCUGCCUUAAAGGAAAUUGUAGCCUAAGUAGGUCAUGGCAAGGGCCUGAGGCCUGUCCGUCAUAGGCUUCCAGGUUAGGCACUGUGAAUAGGCUCGGCUCCUCUAGAGAGCUGAAGCCAUCUGGUUCUUAGAUUUCUCCCCCAGUCCUCUUUCCCAUUGUUCUGUUGCUCCACCUUAUUGUCUCAAGGCUGUAAUCUCAUCAGGUUGGGACAUUAAUCUUUUCAACUCCUUGCAAGAUUUCCCAGUUGGGUUUCUCUACAUGUCCUGCAGCUGCCCCACUUCUCCUUUAUGCUGUGUAGAGAAUGCUCUGCAGUUUAGGCAAUAAAGAUAAAUUAUCUCACUAA